AUGGGCAAAGAUUUUUACAAAAUCUUAGGUCUGAGCAAAGGUGCCAGCGAUGAUGAUAUUAAAAAAGCUUACCGAAAACUAGCUUUGAAAUACCACCCAGAUAAAAAUAAAGAAGCUGGAGCCGAAGAGAAAUUUAAAGAAGUUGCUGAAGCAUAUGAAAUUUUAUCCGAUCCAAAAAAGAAAGAAAUUUAUGAAAAAUACGGUGAAGAAGGCUUGAAAGCCGGUGGUGGUGGUGGUGGCGGUGGUCCCGGUGGAGCAGGACAACAACAGUACUAUUCUAAUAUUGAUCCUCAUCAGACAUUUCGCAUGUUUUUUAAUGGUGCUGAUCCAUUUGCAAUGUUCUUUGGUGGUGAAGGUGAGGAAGAAGAUGGGCCAGGAGCUGCUGGUUUCGGUGGAUUCCCAGGUCUUGGCGGAUUUCAUUUCGGAGGUCCUGGUAUGGGUGGUCGCGGUGGUGCACAUAGUCAAAUGACACGAAAAAAAACGCAAGAUCCACCUGUUGAACACGAACUAUUUGUAUCAUUAGAAGAAAUAGCAUCUGGCACAACAAAAAAAAUGAAAAUCUCAAGAAAAGUUCUAAAUCCAGACAAUCGUACAACUCGCAUGGAAGAUAAAGUAUUAACCAUUGAAAUAAAACCUGGAUGGAAGCAAGGAACUAAAAUAACAUUUCCACGUGAAGGUGACCAAAGUCCAUCAACGAUACCAGCUGAUAUUGUAUUUAUUAUCAAAGAUAAAGUGCAUCCAGUAUUUCGCCGCGAUGGAAGUGAUCUUCUUCAUACAGCAAAAAUUAAUCUCAAAGAUGCAUUGUGUGGAACAACAAUUACCGUGCCGACACUUGAUCCAUCUCGUGUACGUAAAUUGCAAUUAAACGAAGUUAUUAAACCAGCAACAGAAAAACGACUCGCCGGCGAUGGCUUACCGUUUCCAAAACAACCAACUAAACGUGGAGAUAUUGUUGUAAAGUUCGACAUUAAGUUUCCUGAUACACUCACUAAAGAGCAGAAAGAUAUAAUUUCAUCUACAUUGCGUGUUUAA